AUGGCUCCCGACCCGAACAAGGCCGCCCACUACAUCAAGGCUCUCGACGAUGCGAGAUGCGACGGCAAUUGGAGCGCUGUUCCCGAGUUCGUCCGCAAGAUCAGGAAACAUGCGCCUGACCGAACCUGUCUGACCUUGGCCGCCGAAACCGAAUGCGCAAUUGCAAAAGCGACCGAUCCCUCAGGCGCGGGCCGACCAGCAACUGCCGUAUCCGCGAAGGACCUCGAUGCUGCGAAUGUCAUCACGAAGCUCGAAGCGGCCGUCGACGGAGAGUCACGGUUCCCAGAGGACAGGUUCCAGGCUCAGGUCUGCGCUGGCUUGCUGCAUUGGGUGGUUGGCGAGUUCGAUCAGGCUGCCGCGAAGCUGCCAUCGAACCUCGAGCAGGAGCUUGCGCAGCUCAGCUCUACCGAUACGCUCUCCGAAUGGACCAACAUCAGCGCAUUGAAGGCUGCUUUCAUCAAGGCCAACUGCCUGUCUCGAAACAAUGAGACCGCUGAGGCCCUGGUCGUUUUUGACUCUGCGCUGCCAUCCGUUUCCGCGCCUUCGGCAACCCGCAACGCCCACAAGCAAUUCAGAGUAUGGUCGGAGCUCUUCCUGACGGAAUACUGUGUGCUGCACAGCCUAGCUCUGCGCUCAAACGAGAGGUCGCUGGAGGAUCCGAACUCACUCGCCUGCUUCCGAUCAUGGGCCAGAUACUGGGAGUCGAUGACGGGACCUGUCACAGGAGGGUAUGGAUAUAGGGGUUCCGUGCCAAGGCGACAGGUGUGGUUAGAAUACUACCUGGCUCUCACGAAUAUUCUCGAGCUAGAUCUGCCCUUCCCGACAGGGUUCCUCGGCAAGAUCACCAAAGAAUCCUCAGCACGGAACCAGAUGAGAAUCGAGCUUAAGAAGACUGAAGCGGCAUACCAAGCGCUCCUGAUUGGCGAAACCACCUUCCCUAAAGCCGAUGAAACCAGGGAAGAGGUUGAAUCAUUCGUAAGGACUGUCGUCAGCAACUGGUCUAUCCUUUGCGGCCGCGGUUGGAAAGAACAGGACCUUGGUCAAGGAGGACGCGAGAGCCUCAGCAGAGGUGUUCUCGAUACUCUCUACGACUGCGCAACCAAGACGUACCACUCCACUGCCAUCCUUCGCUGUCUGUUUACGGUUCAUCUUGCGGUGGCCGAGUUUGAUCUCGCUUUCAAGGCCUUCGACUCAUACCUGGAUCUGGUUAAGCACGGCAAGGCCAGAGUCGACAAAACGGGCCACCUCGAGGCCAAUCUCGACGAUGACGGGACGGUGCUCGAGACGAUGUCGCAAUGCAUUCUGGCUUUGUGUCGCUACGGUGGGAAAGACGCCGUCGAGAAGGCUCGUGACAUUGGCAAUGUGCUCGAGGACUGGUUGUUCAGACUGCCGCAACUGAAGAAUGGUGUCGAGAACGAGAACAGUGUCCCGGAAGAGGAUGAGACGACUACCAUUCACCCCAAGAUCCGCCCCCACCUGAUUGCGCUGUCGUGGCAAGCCAUUGGUCUCUCGCAGGCCCACUGGUCGAGAAUCACACACGACGCAGCGUCACGAACCGAGAUUCAGACAAAGGCAAUCAGGUGUCUGAGAAAGUCGCUUUCCCCAGAGCUGGGCCGCACUAGAGAUGUCCGCAGCCUCUUCGCCCUGGGUCUUUUGUUGGCUGAGCGGCGGGAACUUACCCCCGCAAUCGACAUUGUGAAGACAGCUCUGAUAUCCAACAAGUCUGCGGACGAAGAGCAUAGCCUCUAUCACGGCCCCUUCUGGCAGGAGCGCUCUCUAGUUCCCCUUUGGCAUCUCUUGGCCCUCCUUCUGAGUGCGAGACAAGAAUAUAACAUGGCUGCCAAGGCCUGCGAGGGCGCUUUUGAGCAGUUCCGUGACCCCUCUGUCCUAUUCGGACGGCAGGAUCUCCACUUCAAGAGUGAGCAUCUGAAUGAUGCCGAGGCUCAGGACGAGAAGAUUGCCAACGAACGUAAAGGGGUCGUGGACGACAUGGACGACACGGAGAGAGAGAGCAUUCUCGAGGUCAAGAUGACGCAGCUCGCACUGGUUGAGCUUCUUGAGGGUCCCGAUGUGGCUGUUAACGCAAGCUCCGAAUUGUUGUCGCUGUUCAACCGGCUUUUCGGAAGCCUCGAAGCCAAAUCUACAGCGCAACCGCCCAAGACGGGGGCCACCAUGCUCCCACCAAAGAGCUCGGCAGGCACGUUGAGGAGUCUGAAGGGCAGCAUCUUUGGUUCGCAGCGAACGAGGAGGGCAAGCAUAGCGGAGACUGAGAGGACAGCGCGCCCAAUGACUACUCAGACCUCUGCAAGUAUCGCGCCGACCAUCCAGGUCACUCAGGAGAACGGAUCGCCAAACGAAAAGCGAUCGCGCAGACUUUCUAGCGUCACCCGCCGGGCAAGAAGCGAGUCUGGCAAGAGGCACAGUCUUCGCAAGCGUGAUAGCAGCGGCGGCCGCAAGAGGACAUCAAGUGUUAGUAGCGCAGGCACGAACCCUCACGCGCCAACUGUUCUCGAUGGCGAGGUGUAUUUCACCCCCGCGGACGAGCUGCAACAAAGCGAGUUUCCGCUUGGAAACCGUCAGGCCUCCACGGCAUCAACCAUCUCUCGGGGCCGGUCACUCCAUCACCUUGAGUCUUAUACUUCUCAGAAGUCACGGUCUACCAACUUUUCCGAAAUCUCUGCCAGUGCUACAUAUACCAUCUCGAACCCCUUGCCAUUAAUACACUUUCCUCAGGACCUGGAGCGGAGACAACGGGCUGCUCUGCUGGUCAAGGUGUGGUUGAUGAUUGCGGGUUUCUAUCGCCGGGCGGGCAUGUUUGAGGACAGCAAGGGCGCCAUCUCGGAAGCCCAGAAGCUCGUCGGCAUCCUCGAAGCCGAGGUUGCCAAAGAUCCUACCGGCGCUUUGUCUUUGAAGGGCGAUGGCUGGGCGGAAAAGAAAGGGGUUGACGAACUGCUCGGAGACGUUUGGGCGGAGUUGGGAUAUCUCUCGUUGGCCAAGGGAUCGCCGUACCUCGCGAGGUCAGACUUUGAAAUGGCCCUCACCCACUUCCCAGAUCACGCUGCUGCGAUCGUGGGCUUGUCCAAUAUUCUGCUCGAUAUCUACACCGAGAAGGUCUUGCCGCCGCCGGCAGUUCCGGUGCUGAGCGUGCCAGAAAACAUCUCAAGUCUGUCACUGCCAGCGCCAGAUCUGCCCAAGAUCUCGGUACCGCAGCACGGCCUCCCGUCAGAGCCACUCGGACUGGGCUCCAGUGCGUCGGGCUCAGGCGUCGGCAAGACGAGUGCGCAUCAGUCAGCAACGACCGCUUCAUCCAUCAAGUCUCUGGAAAAGGCAGAGUCGGACGAGAAACUACCUGCGCCGUACAAGGCAGCUUCACUGCCAAAGAUUGACCGCCUCGCGGCGCGCGACCGUGCCUACGGUCUCUUGUCGUCGUUGACAAAACUAGGUAUCGCCUGGAAUAACUCGGAGGCCUGGUUCGCGCUGGCCAGGGCCCACGAGGAGAGCGGCCAGAUCGACAAGGCGAAGGAGGUGCUCUGGUGGUGCGUCGAGCUCGAGGAGCACACGGGCGUGAGGGAGUGGCAGUGUCUUGGAAGCGGCGGAUACGUGCUCUAA